AUGAGGAAUUAUGGUAUAAUUUGUAUUCCUGAAUACAAUACAGAUAUCGAAGACACAAUGAACUAUGGACAAGGCUGGAUCGCAGAAAAUAUUUCUGAUCCAUGGUAUAACAGUAUCCGUCCAUAUCAGUACCAUCAUCACAAGCCCGAUGCAACCCCUCCGUAUUACGGACAUUUUGGCACAUAUGGUGACGGUGGCUUUCUCGCUGAUUUAGAUAGUGUGCCCACUAUAGCGAUCGAUGUUGCGAGAAAAUUACAAAGCGAUGUUUGGCUUGACAGAAGAACCCGUGUCCUUUUCAUAGAGGGAUGCUUUGUGAACAGAAACAACAUGCUUUUUACUCAAAUUCAGAUAGUGUUUGAAUUCCCAAGUACUGGUGGAAUAUUCAUGGAGACAGCCGUUGCAACGUCCAAUCUCUACCCAUAUACGACUACAUUUGAUUUUAUCGUUCUGUUUAUGCAGAUAAUAUUCUUAAUAACAAUCUUGGUGCGGUUCGUUUUAGUCGUUGCCAAUGUGUUAAAGACAGGCGGUAAAUCCCUCGUUACAGUUAGCCAAGUAUUUGCUUUGUUUCACCUUGGAGCCUCCAUUGCCGCUGUUGUGUUCCUAGUCAUGAGAUUCACUAGCACAAUCGCUGUUCUCAACACUAUACGCCAGGAUAUCGGCUUCUACACGUCCUUUGGAUAUGUUUUCCACUGCGAUGAAUACUACUCCUUUUUUCUGGGUUUGGUCACCUUUAUCGCUAUCAUUGACUUACUAAAACACCUGUCAUUCAACUACCACCUCUUCCUACUUAACAAAGCGAUCCUGGCAUUUCGGAUGGAACUUUUUCAGUUUACAGUAGCCCUGGCAGUCCUCAUUGUUGGUUUCGCGUGUUUGAUCUAUCUGAUGUAUGGCCACACCGAACGCAAUUUCAGAAGCAUUCCGUUUGGAGUCCUCACACUUUUCCGGAUGACAAUCGGAAUGAUCAAAUUCCGCAAGGACAUUCAAGUUGCAGUCCUAAGUCUUUUCAUCAUUAUAGGAAUAUACACGUCAAUCUCAACGAUUUUCUUUAUGAAUGUUUUCAUAAGUUCACUGGACAAUAGAUUUUCACACAUAAAGAAACUCAUCAAAAACGGGAUGACAACAUAUGAUUGGCAUCUUAGCCGACAUUUCUGGAAUCGACUCACACGACUGAUAACUAUAUGUGGAGCAAACAAGAGGAAAAAGACAGGUUUGUCGAAUUAUGUACCUACAUCCAAAGGAGAAUCAACCAUAUGCAAAUUGCUGUCCAAAGUGAUGAAAAUUAUCGGAGACAACGAUGAAAAGUUCGAAAGAGACGUCCUACAACUGUUAUUGCGAAAGCUUAAACGCAGAUGUAGACGUAUAGAGACAUACAAUGGAGUCCAAUACAGAUUUACUAUGGACCGGUCAGCGGCGGACGAAGCUUUGAUUUUGGAGUUUUUUGAUACACUGAUGAGAACUGGAAUAGACGUGGACAUUUAUACAAUAUUAGAAGCCAGCAGAAAAGGACUGAUUCCUUACGGUGACUUUACUGAACCAAUAAGCAUGGUCUAUAAAAUCGGUCUCUCUAAACGAAAACACGCGCGGACAUAUAGACGGGACGUCAUGGCUGGUGGUGAAUCUUUGUGCGAAGUGGUGAUCAAGGUGCCAUCCUCCCGACUGUCAUGCCGACAUACGUUUCUCAUCACGUUAUGUGAUAACUAUGGUGACUGGCGACAGCACACGGCCAUACAAGAUAUAACCCAAGAAGAGGUGUACCUUUCCGCAACCAUAUCAUCUUGUCCGCGGUAUAUUAUGGCUGUAGCCUCGGAUAUUUUGCCCGGAAUUUCAACUACAAUCCUGCAGAACAACUCUUUCGAAUACCUACUUACUAAAAGGGGGGGUGUAUUCUAUCCACCCGGGCUGUGCAAGAAAAUAGUCUUUAUAUUUCCGGCGGAGUCUGUAUUGCUAGACACCACAAUCACGAUACUGCUGGAGCGUGGAGAAAAGUUCCCAAUACUACACGUCGUGGCUAGUGGUGAUGUGUCCGGACCAACCACAGUCAUGUACAUACGGAAGGAAGAACAGGAACACUUACCGACCGAAAACAUGCCUGAAAUAAAGCUUCUAACAAAGGAAGGGGAUCUAGAAUGGAAAGAAGGCGUUACCGGAAGACAAACUGCUGGAAAAGACUUAUGUGUUGAGAUCGAUUCUUUACAGAAAGGAGUAAAGAUAUCAGUCAGUGCAUGUGAAUCAAACUACGUCAGGAAUUUAGCAAGAACGGCAAACAAGUGUCUCGACCAUAAUAAGAAAAUAUUAUUUGGAAUUCAUCGGAAAUUCAUCCCGACUAAACACUGGAGACAAAUAGGUCAUGCCCUCGGGUUUUCACAAGAGAGUCUUGCGAAAAUUGAAAACAAGAAAAACAGAUCUCUUCAGGAAAAAACGUGCGUUGUCUUAGAACGCUGGCUGAGAUUGAAUCCUGGAAAAAAUCUGUACGAAAUUCUCACUGACUGGGUGUGA